GAAGAAUACAUCCAUGUGUCGUUGUUGGUUGGGGUCAGCUUGUUAGAAAGCAAAGAAAAAGCCAAAUUUUCUUCCGGUGCGCUGUGCUGACUUCUGCAAGAACGGGCGAUCAAAGAACAAGCGGCAUAGAUAGAGAGAUAGAUACAUGCUAUAAAAAAACAGGAAGGAAAUGGAGAGAGAAGGAGCAUUGAAACAGCAAGAAAGAAGGCAUUUCCCAAACUGCGUGAAGGCAGAAAAGGAAGGCAAAGGUUGUGUUCUCGAUUCAAACACAUUCACACAUGGAAAGUUUGAACUUGCCAUUAUUAAUUAUCUCUCCCUUCUCGUUUCCUUUUCGUUCUCCUUGUCUUCCUAACUCUUCUAUAAGACUCUUACUCUAGCUCUUCCCGCCGCUCCUUCUCUUCUUCUUUCUCCCGACCCGGCUGCUCGUUCACUCCGCUCAGGAACCUAGGGUUUGCAUUACCGAGGGCUCAGUUUUAACAUGAGCAGCUCAGGACCUAGUGAAGGCCAGGCAGAUGCUAGAGAUUUUCAAAAUCAGCAAAUCGUGGUUUUUGACUUGGACCUCAACCUUCCUCUUCUUGAGGAGAACCUGGAUGCAGCAGCUCAGGGAUCAGCCCUUGAUAAUGAAAAUUCUCAGUGGCGGAUAGGUGAUGCUGAACUUGAUGAUGUUGUUAUAAUCUCCCCAAGAAAAUUUGAAGAAGCAAAGAACAGUUCUCGAAGAAAAAAUGCUUGUCCAAGCUUUGUGGUUAUUCCAGUUUUUGAUGAGGAGAGAGGAAACAUUUCAGAAGUGACAGCAGACGCAGUUUCUCACCCUAUUAGUGACAACAGACAUAAAACUCCACAAAACCAAGUGAUUGUGGACUGUGAGCUGCACUUAGGUGUGAAAGACAGUAGGGUAGCCAAGAAAACUUAUGUUCUUGCACCUCGGGUUGUGUCUCCAAGUACGGUGCCGCCCGAGGAACCCACCUUUAGCUGCACAAUUUGCAUGGGCCAGUUGAUUGAAGCGACAUCAACCAGGUGCGGCCACAUUUUCUGCAAGAAGUGCAUCCAGGCAGCAAUAGCUGCUCAACACAAAUGUCCCACCUGCAGGCGUAAACUUAGAAAAUCUGACAUGUUUAGGGUCUACCUUCCAACAGCUAACUAGUGAACUCUGUUUCAUAGCAAGAUUCAUACAACUUAUGAUUAGAAACCUAAUUCGUAGUCAAAGCACUGAUUAUUUCUGCUGCAUUUGGUGUUGAUCCAAAGAAAAAAGAAACUGCGUUCAUUUGGUUAUAGGAAAGCGGACUACAGAAUUUCAUCUCGAAUUCAAAGCCCUGAUUUAUAAAUGGAAAACUCAUGAUCAACAUUGCUGAUU